AUGGAACAAGCUAUAGAGUAAAUCAAACUUGCACUCGUCAACUCAAUCAGUCUGAAUGACUAGCUCAGAAAUCAAUCCCUAGAAUUUCUCACUAACUAGUGUGAACCCAAUCCCGAAUUCUAGCUAGCACUCCUUUACAUUAUUUCUAACAAUUAAGGAUAGGCUUCCACUGCAGAUUACAAGCAGCUGUAAUACCAAGCAAUUCUUUUCAUGAAAAAUUCUCUCACCAGAGUGAUGCAGGUUCACAGAAACAAGAAGAUUUUCAAGGGCAAUGCUAAUCCAGGACUGACAGACCAGCUUAAGGAUCAAAUUAAAAACAAACUCGUAGAACUUAUCAGAAACCCAGAUAAUGUGAUACUUGGACAGAACUCAUAUGAUCAACUUGCAUUAGUAGCUUGUCUCUUAGUGAAGUACGAUUUUCCAGCCAAGUGGCUCUCACUAAAUGACUGGCUUCUAUCAACCUUAAACUCACUCUAUACAAAUCUACCCAACCUGCAACUUGAAGAGAUCCCAAAAAUUUAAAGAUUUCUUGGUUUUUAUCUGGAAGUAAUGAAGGAAUAAAACAAAAAGAAACUUCUUUCAAGCAAGGGUUAGUUUCACAAAGUUGCUAGAGAUCAUUUAAUGGCUUUGUACUAAGUUUGGCAAUUCUUCAAUGAAAAGCAAAUGCUUAUGAUAUUCAAUCCAGUGGAAAAGAAGCUGCAAUUGGAAAAUUUCAAUGAACUGCUUUUUGACCUUGCCCAAAAAUUAGACAAAUGUUUGCUACUCGUUAUCGCAUGUGGCUUUAGCUUGUAUGAUCUCAUUCAUGAGCCCAAAAACAAUUAGUAUGUGAAGACUACUCAACAGCUGAUUGAAAAGACAGCUUUCUAUUUUAAUUGUAUUGAAAAUCUGACUUAAAUUGGCUAAAAUUCCCAGACUGAAAAGUUUCAUGCUUUGUUUGAAGAUCAAAUGAAAAAUUUGUUGAAGCAUAUCCAAGAGCUUUAAUAUGCUAACGAUUUGCUAGUUUAUGAAAGUCUAGGCUAAUACAUUGAGCUGUUAGCUUAAAUUUUGUUCAAGGGACAUCUUUUCACUGACAGAAUAAAGAAGCUCGCUCUGUUUUCAUUCUUUAGAGUAAUUAGCUCCUUAGAUUAUAACUAGCAUGGUACUGAUAAACAUGCUCAUUCUGUAGGUAUUUUGGUGUCUCCCAGUAAAUCUAAAAAUUUUGAGCCCUAGCUCUAAGAAGCAGCUGAUCAAUAUCGAUUUAUGCUGGAUAAGCCAGAUCCAAAUUCAAGUGAUCCAAGAGUAGCCAAUAGAAAAGAUGGAGCAAGAGAACUGCUAAAGCUAAUAGCUUAAAAUUAUCUACCGAUGAGGGAAAAUAUCAGCUUAUGGAGAACUGAGCCAGAAACAUUCAUCGAGCUUGAAGAUGAAAGUUAUUUCAUUUCUGAGUUCGAUCUCGAUUCUGCUACAACAACAAACGCCUUAGCCUAUUAAGUAUUAGAGAAAUUACUAUAGAACUUCUACCAUUCAUGCUAUUCCUACAUAAAUGAAGAGCUUUUCCAAACUUAUUUUUCAGGGUAACUAUAGAUAUAAGAUGAACUUGCAGAAGAUUCACUAAUGAGUAUUGUUGGCAUGAUUGGUAAAGUUUAAAAAGAUCUCAAACUAUCAGUUGAGAAAAGAUUCGAUGUUUGUUAUGUUCUUGAUUUCAUUUAUGCUAAUAAAUGGAGUAAUCCUCUCAUGAAGAGAAGAUUUGCACAUAUCAUCGUCUAGUGGACAAGACUCUUACCAAAGAAGAGAUUUAUGGAUUAUUUCAGGAUACUUUUGGAAAGUCUAAGACAAUGCACUGAUCCAAUUUUAAUCUAUGAUUAAGCUCGAUGCAUCCAUGAAAUGAUUAAAGAAAUAGAUACAUAACUCUAAAAGCAAAGUUAAGGUAAUAACAAGCAGACCUAUGUUUAAGCUAAUUUAUUCUAAUUUGAAGAGUCCUCUGUAAACGAGGAAGAGGAUCAAAUAAUAAUGAGUACUUCAAUUAAUCGAUAAAUUGACUAUGCUCAGGCUUUCCAAAUAGUAGCACAGAAAUUAAUUCCUAUUUUGGGGGUAUUUGAAUCACCAACUUUAGUUUGGAACAUGAUCAAUUACUUAACCAAGUUAUUAGAAAAGAAUUUAGAUAAUUAAUCAGUAAUUGUAGAAUGCUUUCAGCAGCUGAACUUAGGGCACCUUUUGUAAAUGAAAUCAGGGUUAAUUGAUGAGGCGAUCAUUGACAUUCUUAAAAAUCUUUUUAUCGUGAAACCUGAAUCAUCUGUUGUUUUUGAGAUGUGCAUAAAUAUAAUCGAAUAUAAGCUAGGCCACCAUUCAGAAGAUCCAAUCAUCAUAUAAUUUUGGUUGUUUGCAUCAAGAGCUGUUACAGCUGAUAAUGCCUCUUUGCAUUAACUCAAGACUCUUUUCUAGAAGGUUGCAUCAAAGGGAGAUUUCUCGAAAGACUACAUAAUGGCUGAUUUCUUUAGAAUCGCUUAAGAAACUAUAUUGUUAAAUCUGUUCUCUUCGAAAGAAGAAAUAGUAUCAAUGAUAGAAUACGUAACUAGAAAGUUUAUCAAGGAAAUAGAAAAUGAACAGCAAUACAUUUUGUAAAAUCAAGAUAAGGAAAACAUCAAUCAUGACAUAGAAGACGAAAAUAUAAUCGAUCCUAAUAACUUAUACGAUAAAAAACUUAAUCUAAUAUUGAUACCGCAUAUUAUUUUAUGGAAGGCAUAGACUGACAUGCCAGAAGUGCUAGAGUACAUUUUAAAUUCUCUUAACUAAUUCUGUGCACUUAUUGUUAACUACCUUAUCGAAUACUAGGCUAACAAAACUAUGCCACAGAUUUCUAUCUUCUAUACCUAAGCACUCACAUACAUAAACAGGACCAUUACAAUAAAUAGAGACUAUUUCUUAAACAACUGCCUCCCUUUAGUAGCUCAGUAAUAUGGUCACAAUUUCUAUUAAUUUGUAGAUGCUUGGAUCUCUAAGAUGGAUUUAUUAGUGUCUAAUGAGUCCAAAAGACUUAAUUUAUUGGCUAUUUACAAUAUCUUGCCCUUUUUCAAUGCCGAACUCAUUCAAAAGCAUAUGAAUGAGAUAGCUCGCUAAACCUUUGUUUAACUAAAUAGCUAUAUGCUGCUUAAAAUUGAAAAUGACAACAGCAGAUUCUACUCCCCUUCAAAAAUGCAAGGCAAUUCAAAUAACCUUAUUUCAGGUAAAGUGAAAUUGCACACAAUUGAUAAGAUGAGUUUAAGGCUAGAGUAGCUUAAGAAAGAGGACUCCUUGCUAAAUUAUGACAUAAUAGAUCAUUUCUGGCUAAGGAUGGAGGAACUGAAGACUAAGCUGAACAUUCCAAAUUUGGAGCCAGUCGCUUAGUGCUUAAAAGAGGAUAGGUACAAAAUCACUUUUAGUAGUCUGGUUAGCGGUACAUACUAGGAUGUUAAUCAAAAUUGA